GAUUGUAACAACAAUAUAAAGACAUAAUCUGAGAAUGAGAUCGCGAGUUGUUUCAGUUACCAUGGGUGUUGAACAGCAAGAAUAGUACUGCAAAUAACCAUAUCGGUGGACUGCGCAAAAGAAACAUAGUAAUAAUCAAGAAGGAAGGCUAUGGCCGCCGGAAACUCCGGCUCGACCUCCCUCGAACACACCCCGACAUGGGCUCUCGCUACUGUCUGCUUGUGUAUUGUCUCCAUCUCUAUGGUCCUCGAGCAUUCGAUCCACCUUCUUAGCAAUUUGCUCAAGAAACAUAGGAAGACUGCCUUGAACGAAGCUGUCUUGAGCCUUAAAUCCGUGCUUAUGUUUCUGGGAUUCAUGUCCCUGCUACUAGCAGUGACUCAGGAUUACGUUACAAAGAUUUGCAUACCGAUCAAAGCAGCCAACACGAUGCUCCCGUGUCGCGGCCAUGUAAUGAAGCCCGGGCGCGAAUCCUUUGUAAUGAACACGGAUAUCGUUAAUGGAUCAUCUCCGCCGUAUUCCUCGGCAUUUUCUAAUGGAUCGGAAUUCAAUAACGACGAUGAUGAUGCUAAUGCCACCGACUCUUGCGCCUCGAAAGGGACGGUUUCGUUGAUGACGAAGAAAGGAAUACAGCAGCUGCAGGUGUUCAUCUUCAUCAUCGCCGUUACGCAGAUUGUGUACAGCGUCUUCACUUUGGCUUUAGGAAGGCUUAAGAUGAGGCGUUGGACGGCUUGGGAGAAGGAAACUCAGACAUUAGAGUACCAGGUUGCUCACGAUCCAAACAGAUUUCGAUUCACUAGAGCUACGACGUUCGGGAGGCGCCACGAGGCUUGUACGGAAACAGCCCUUCAGCUUUGGACCAAAUCCUUUUUCAGGCAAUUCUUUAAUUCUGUCGCGAAAGUCGACUACCUGACUCUGAGACACGGAUUCAUCAAUGCUCAUUUGUCUGACAGGUUCCAUGACUUCAACUUCCAAAAGUACAUAGAGAGCUCCCUCGACGAAGAUUUCAAAGUCGUGGUCAGCAUAAGCCCUUUCUUGUGGUUUCUUGUUGUCCUUUUCAUGCUGAUAGACGUCUACGGCUGGCAUUCGUAUCUCUGGCUAUCGUAUGUUCCUCUGCUGAUAAUCUUAAUCCUCGGAACUAAGCUGGAAGUCAUUGUGGCGAAGAUGGCCGUCCAACUCAAAAGUCUCAACAAUGUCACCAUGGGCGCGCCCUUAGUACAACCGAACAACGAUCUUUUUUGGUUCGGACAGCCAAGAUUCGUGCUACAUCUCUUGCACUUGACACUUUUUGUGAAUGCUUUCGAGUUCUCCUUUUUCCUUUGGGUAAUCAUACAGUUCGGAUACCAUUCUUGUCACCACGAGCACACGGCGAUCACCAUAACAAGAAUCGUCUUUGCUGUGUCGGUCCAAGUCCUCUGCAGCUACAUCACUCUGCCGCUCUACGCUCUCGUGACGCAGAUGGGCUCGGAAUUCAGAGGCGAACUAAUCAACGAGCACGUCGUGCAAGUGUUGAAGCAGUGGCAUGCCGAGGUUCGGGACAAGAGGAAGAAACAAGCACAUGUUGUCGCGCCUAGCGUUGUUCUGUCAUCCGAUGGAGGUGGCGGCGGCGGCAGCCCCGACUCGGAGGUUGCGCCGCCGACGCGGCGAGACCUGCCGUGCCUGAUUAAGCAGAUCACGUGCGGAGCGGCACGUGUGAGCGAGAUCACUGAAGAAGAAGAAGGAGAUGGAUGAAGGUUGUGGUUAACAUGUACUGUUCGGCUAAUAUUUUGUUGUAUUAAAGGGAAUGUAAAUUUUAGAGUAAAUGGAGAUUAGGGAACUUAGUUUGGUGUAAAUGUAAGAAACUUAGAACUAACUCUAAUAAAACGAUGUUCAUUUA